ACGGUGCCAGAGUUGUGUCGAGAGUCGUGUACGUAACGCCUGAGCUGAGUCGGUUGUCGGUGGUCGGUGAUCGGCGAGUGUGACGUGGCCAUGGCUACGAUCGGCGCCACGAGGCUUGAUUACUACGACGACAUGUGGAAGCUCGAAUCCACUGCCACAGUGGUGGCGCUGGUCAAGGGUGAAGAUGGCCGGACCGGUUUGGUUUUGGACCGGACGGUGUUCCAUCCGCAAGGCGGCGGUCAACCGGCGGACACAGGCUUCGUCGGCGUUGCUGGCUCGGAGGUGAAGUUCGUCGUGCAAGAUGUGCGGUCCAAAGACGGUGUGGUUUACCACUACGGUUUGGUGGAGAAUUCCGGCGAGGAGUGGGCGGAGGAGUUUGACAAAGGGAGAGAGGUGGUGUUGCAUGUUGAUGAGUCUAGGCGGAAGCUUAAUUCUAGGAUUCAUUCAGCUGGGCAUUUGCUAGAUGCGUGUAUGAAGAAUGUGGGAUUAGGCGAGUUAAAGCCGAGCAAAGGCUACCAUUUCCCUCAGGGGCCAUAUGUGGAAUAUAUAGGCAUAGUUCCACAGAAAGAUUUGCAAAGUAAGCAGAAAGAGUUGGAGCUGGAAGCCAAUGCAUUGAUAUCCAGAGGAGGGAAAGUUUUUGUUGCAGUAGUAUCAUAUGAGGAAGCAUGUAAGCUGUGUGGUGAAGACCUUCCCGAUUAUAUUCCAAAGGACAGCACUCCUCGUAUUGUGAAGUUGGGCAACAAUCCUGCCUGCCCGUGUGGUGGUACUCAUGUGUCUGAUAUUUCAGAGAUGAUCAGUGUUACAGUUUCUCAAAUACGUACCAAAAAAGGAUUGACGAAGUUCUUUUACAAUGUUGGUCCCUAAAUCUUGUUCUACCAUGACUAUGAAGGUAUGUCCGUCAAUCACAUUUUUGUUCAUCGAGUUGUCGACAAGUGAUUGGUGAACUGAUAUGAUCAAAGUUGGAAGGGGCCAAUUUUGAAAGUAAAGCAUUUAUUGCAGUUUGUAUUGUGUCUAUUGCCCCAUGCAUAUCACAUUGCUGUUUUCGUUCUGUCUCUGGGUGCCAAAGAGUCGGAAAACAUUGCGAGUGUAGAUAUGAAUGUAUCUGUUUCUCAUAGUCUCAACUUUCUGGAGCUUUGCUGCUUUGUCUCGAUCUUUUACCAAUUACACAAGCUCUGGUCAUGGGCAUAUGCAAGGAGGACCAUGUUGAGUUUGGCUUGGCCUCUUACCUUAUUUUUGUUCAUAUUCCGAUUCGCUGGGAAAGGCAUUCACACUGUGAGCUUGAUCCAAGAUAAAGAAUCCCUCUAGAACAACUGUAUGGUAGCCUAGAUGAAACAGAGAAAGAAGAUUUUGGUAUAGGUUAGGGGGCAUAUGUGAUACGUUUGUCACUAUUGGUUCUAACAAAAGAAUCAUAGACAGUUCAUUGUCACAGAGCUAUGUUUGAAAGCAUCAGUAUUGAGUUAGUAGUCAUAAAGUAUGAUGAAGUUCUCAAUUACUCUUGCGAGCUGGAUGCUCAAACUGAACAUAAAACAGAACCCAACAUAAACAAAGUUCUAGUGAAUGAGAUGAAGAUAAAAUUAAAGUGUUUUGGUUCGUUGAAGAUG